UGACGCUCGCCUCAAACUACACACAACGUACCGCAGAAGCCGUUGCAUUUUUGACUGUGCGAGUCGGAUUGCAAUCAUGGCACGCUUUCAAAUGGUUUUAACUUUUCUCGCGACUUGGUUCCUCACUGCAAACGCCCAAUUCGGCUUCUUCGACCAAAUGUUCGGUGGCCAGCAACAACAGCAGCAACAACAGCAAGCACAAAAUGUCCGCAGCGACAGCUCAUGGUACCAGGCGCAAUAUGAGGGCGCACAAUGCACACACUACCUCUGCCCUGGCACCCUCUCCUGCGUCCACUUCCCGCACCACUGUCCUUGCGCAUGGGAUAGCGUAGAAGAUAAAGCGGAACUUGGGGAGGGGAUUGCGAUUUGCGGAUCAAAGGGUGGGUGGAGUGAGGGCGAGUUUGCGAAGAAGGUGCAGCUUGCUCGGAAGGGGCUUCUCUGAACGGAGUAGAAGAAAAACGUGGGUGCAGCCUUGGGCUCGGUACCGGAGGCUGAAUAGAGUGAAUUUGUGAGAAGAGCGUAGAGUUGCAUUUGGGGUCUAGAAGGGCGCGAAGGGUCAGAUCGGACUAAGACUUUACGUGACACUGAUAUGAUGGGAUGCGAGCGAGGGAGCAAUGAAUCAGGUUGAAAGGGCAUCAAAGCCCCAAAUGUGUGUCAAAUCAUCGACUCGUUCAAUCAUUAAUACCGAUACGCCUGUCCCAGUCCAAACUAUGUACACAACACAGCCCUCAAGACCGCUUCACGUACUGAUACGCAUACCCCUGCCUCUCCCCACGCUUCUCCUGCGCAACACCUAUCUCUUCCCUCCCCC